CCUCUACCAAGUGCAGUUGGCAGUGAUGAGGCAGCUCCUUCCCGCACAUCCGAUGAGCACGUACGUCGAGGUCUGCAGAGAAGUGCUGAUGUUGGAUUACGAACUUCUGGCACCUCACAACUACAGGUUUCUCGUUCAGCUCUUGGCCUGUCGGCAUCACGGUUAUCGAUGUCUCGUGGCAGUGGGUUGACUCAAAGCAGUCGUCUAUUGCAUAGCAGUUCUCGUUUACUGAAUCGAAGCGGACUGAAACUGCAAGAUCUAGACGUUACAUCGGCUGAGGCGAAAUCCUCGAAGAUGACGAAAGACAAGGAGAGGGGGCGACAACGGCUUUUUGAUGGUGUGCAGGGGGAUCAACUGGAUGAGUCUUCGACUGGACCACAGGCAAAAGAUGUAGUUGUAGUGCAUGAUGAUAGUGCACCAGCAGCACAAGACGAACAGGCCGCGCAGGAGGUAGAUGAUAAUGAAGGAGAAGCCGCGUCUCCCACUGCACCAGAGGACGAUGAUCAAGACGAUGAUGAAGAGGAGUUGGAUUUUCCGUCUUCUCUGCCCAUACCGCCGGCUCCACGUGGGCACGGUGGCGGACUGUUGCGUCUAGUAUCUGCUCAAGACGACAGGGAAGAUGUCUUCAACUUAAUAGGCGAUGACAGCAUGCUGAAUGGUACAACAACUACGAACGCGGGAGCAGGCGUUGACGAUCUUCACUUGUUUCAAGAAGGUCUUUAUAGUGGAGAACGAGAGCCACAACGUGGAGGAGAUGAAGCACUGCUGCGCAAUGAAAAAGACCACGCAGAAGGAGAGGGCUCGGAUCGUGUAGUCAGGCCACGGGUGAAUCGGUUUCAUCUUCCUCCAGAAGUGUUUGCUGCUGCAGAAAACGUCGACGAGAUCCAGAAAGCACUGGAAGGGUUACAUGUGGGAGGCGAAAACCCAAAUACUAUUACCCAAGAAGAAGAAGAAGAGCUGCAUCAACAAGCACCAAGAGGGGAAACGCCCACCACUAAAAUUGUAGAUGGAGAAGCAGAUGGAGAUGGAGGAGCUGCUUCAUCAUCUUCGAAAAAGAGCUCUGGCCACGUGGACAUCAAAGGAGACAACAGCAACAGCAAUACUUCUAGCCGAAGGAAAUCGUCAUCUGCUGAUGCUGCGUCGAAUCGGCAUUCAGUAUCUGUAAAGCCUCGAUGGGCGGAUGUCGCGGAAGAUGGAGAAGGCUCCUCGGGACGGAGCCAGCAAUAUUUAUUCGACAACUCCUCGUUUUACAACUAUGGAACCGCAGGAGCAGGAAACGGAUUGGCUAGUCGUUCUGGAGGAAGGGAAGUAAGCACCGCAGGCGCAGCAGGGGUAUCCCAAGUAGUGCAAGGAAACAGUACAGCGGCGCGCGCAUUCAGCGCAUCGGCUGUUGAGCAGCGUCGACAGGAGCAGUUAUGAAGAUGCGCUCUGCUAGAUGUAGAACACAGGUACAACCCCUGCUGCCAAAAAAGGUGCAUGAUACAGCUCGACCUAUCAUUGCAAGCGCGCAUAUUUUUAUCAUUUUAUCUACAACAUGUAAUCAGAUUUCACCAGAGUAAGCUAGUUGUUCUAAUUCAAGUCCGCCUGGAAGCGCGCAAGCUACGUACCGAUAUGGAGAAAGAAAUGCUUCGUACGCGGUUCGAGAGCGAACAAGAGGAAGCUGGAAAACAUCUUCUUCAUUCACUGUGCGGUCCGGCGCGCAUUGCCCAAGGUGGAGAUCAUAGUAGAAGGUGGAUAGAAGCGUUGCUCGGGCGAGCAAAUCCUACUUGGCGAGACAAAGCGACCUUCAUGAAUCUCGGGAUGUGCCCAGCCGCAUAUGCGGUUCGACAGAGACAAGCCGCGGCCUCGACCGGACCAACAAAUCAGACGGUGCAAAAUACUACUAUUAAGCAGAAAGAAGAUCACAACAUCGCCAGCUCAUCUCCAAGUUCAUCUGGUCCGACGCCUGAAGGCGGACGUGGAAAGAAGAAUCCGCUAGCUGAACAAAUAGAGGCCGCGAAACGCAGGAAGGUCACUACAGCCUCCGGAAUUGCUGCCGCCUCCUCUCCGGACGACGGUGAACAGCGGCAGCCCCAGACUGGUGUCAGUGCUCAAAACGCAUCCACAGCUACUACAACUAGCUCUAAAAUGUCUAGUGCCACUUCUUCUCAGCAUCUUCCUCUCCCAUCUUGGCAGCACACAAUCCACCCACACCUGAUGAGUGGAGCGACUAGAAAUUUCUUCUACCCAUCGGAGUCGGACGUCUAUCACGCGUCACUUCGGGGUUUGGAUGCCAGUGCAUGGGCGGUCGCAAUGGGUGCGGAUUCGUAUCCGAUUCCGUGUUGUAAACGAAACUACGACAUUUGCCACGGAAACGUCAAUGAGUUGGUACGCGACGAAGUUGAACAAUGCAUAGCAGUGCUGUAUGCGAACGAGCUCAACGCGAUGAUGCUGACUGGUCAAGUGCAGAUGCAGAGGCCGUCGUUGUAGGACGAGGAAGUAGGUGGACGGCGAGAACCUUCGUUGGAUCAAAUAUACGAUUUACGAGCAUCGAAACAUUGACAAAGCUGGUGAGAACGACUAUGACAACAGGAAAUGACGCUGUGAGCGUAUUUCAGUCCCAAAGUUUCUUUUUUCUUUUAAUGUUGGAGAAUUUAUUUAGAAUUUUUCAAACCACUGCUUAACGUGCUACUCCCACGUCGGCAAGUAUGUUUUUGUCACCUUUUGGGGGAACAUCAUGGGAAUGGCUGAUGGUUUGCGAAACUGCAAAAGAAGUUCUCGCACUCGAAACGUCUGCCAGCUUUUAAGACAGGGAGUUAGCCGACAGGGUGGCCAGGAAGUCAAUUUUGACGUAAGCUUCACGUUGGAAAGUAGGAAAGAACGGGAAAGUAGGAGAGAACGUAGUGUUCUGCUCACACUGACUGAGUUCUUUGCUGCGUCGAAAAGCGAAGUUUUAGUCAACACAGACAUCAUCAAUAUGAUCGGCCUCCGUACUAGCUUUCAUCCACCUUUGUCGUUUUAGGUGAUGUUCAUGUUAUCGUUGACAGUGGCCAUGGGUGUGGUUUUAAGUAAUCAUUUUGUCAUCCAGAUCAUAUUUUUCUAUCUGCAUGGCUUGUUACGUCACACUCAAACUCAUAACCAGCGCUUGUCAAACAGGCGCUUGUGGGGAGUUUUGCCUCCCUGCUUUCGUUUGCAGUGAAGCACUGGCACCAGAAUCACAUCUAAGUAGCCACGACUUGGUAUUAAAACCUGACGAGAAUAUGGUGGUUGAUGUAGGAAGACAGGGAGCUGACCGCUUAGCUCGAUUUCUUUCUGUGAAAUGCACAUGAUCAGCAAUCAUCUUUUUCGAGAAUCUAUAAUUAGAAUCAUCUUCUACACCACACUCACAUAGAGAAAGUUGAAAAAUAGAAAUCAAUGAAGUGUCUCUGUGUAGCUGUUUACACCCAGCCUGCGAAAAGUACGAAAACUACAGCAAGUUCUAGGCUCUGCGAAUAGUAGCAAGUUCUGAAUUCUAGGCUCGGACCAUUUUUUGUUUGUUGUAAGGAAAAUAUCAGUACUUCGGUAUUCCUCGGGCCAUCUUAUUAUGAUUAGAAACUGGUCUUCAUCCACCCGGUAAGGGCCGACCUUGAGAUGGAGUGGUCGUGACCAUGCAAUUUUGAGGAGAAUGUGGCUGGAAAGGUCAAUGGCAUUGCUAAAUGCAAACUAGGCCAGCACAAGGAACGACAGUGAGCCCAGAGUAGAGACACUGGUUAUACAUGUAGUAUGCGCUCUUUGGAAUGUUCCCUUAAGUUUCUGCUCAAUCCGGG